AUCAUUCUGUGGUUUGGUCAAGUUAACCUUAAAAAUAGAAUAGGAUUCAAUUAAAUUUAUCAUGUUUACAAAAAUGUAUAUGCUGUUAAGUUAACGAUGAUUUUUCGAAAACUCGGAAAAUGUGGUACGCGGCAUUCGUAAGGUUCAUAAGACGCCGCAUCAUCUUAGGUCUGAUUCUGACGCUGUCGUUUUGUUAUUGCAUUUUCAAUUAUCUGGACAAGUUUGCGUUUCAGAACGAACUCCUGGAGAGCGACGAGACUGUGUCGGUGAAACGCACGCAGCCUUUCAUCUGGCGCACUUUGCAGCAGCACAACACGACCGGCGAAACGGAACCAAAUUGCAGAAACUCGGUGCAGGGCAAAGUGCUAAUAGCCGACGAGAGGGGUUUCGUCUGCCCGAGAAACGAAAUUCUCAUCACGGGAUGUUGCAACGCCGAAUCGGAAAACGCGUUUCAAUAUUUGUGCGAGACGUGCAAACAGAACAACUGCUGUGCAAUCUACGAACACUGCAUAUCUUGCUGUCUGCAUCCCAACAAGAGGGAAGUUUUGGAAUCGAUAUUGCACAAAGCGACGGAGCGGAACAGUGUGUUGUUCGCGUCGGUCACGGACCAUUUCGAGCUGUGCCUGGCCAAGUGCCGCACCAACUCCCAGAGUGUGCAACACGAAAAUUCUUACAGGGACCCGACAGCGAAACACUGUUACGGGGAUCUCGUCCCGGACGCCGGGGCGCCGGAGGAUUAGAGGCUUAUUAUGGAACUUGGGAAAAUGAGAGGCUCACUUUUAGAUUUAAUAACAACCCACACCGAUACAGAAUAACAUAGGUCGCAUAAUAUAA